UGGUCAGACAGUGACGUGUUAACUUGAAGCGAGAAAGAUGCUGAGACCGAGGCUGCUGGGACUGGGACUGGGACUGUUGUUGGCAGUGUUUCCAAUAAUUCUAAUGUUGUCCCAGCUACAAUGCAGCGACGCACGCGUGAUUUACUUCAAUCAGCUAAACACCAGCAUUGAGGAAAGCAACAAGAACAGCACAAAGGAUGCUAUCGGUAAAGGUAUGCUGCUCGAGGUUCGAGGCCCUAGUUGCAGGCAUGGCUUCAUGCGUGAUCAUCACAAUCGCUGUCGCCGGAUUGUGUAGGGGGUACUCAACCUUUGGACUUAGGCGCUCGUCAACUUAUCGCCAUAUCCAGAACUUGCUAGCUUUUGGGCAAUUAAAUAUUUAUAAAUACUACGUCACAAGACGCACCUAUGUAAUUAGGUACUUAUGUGCUUAGCUAGAGUCAAGCGAUGUUUGUUAUGAUGAAAUUAUGGGAAUUUUUGCGAACAGUAAAUGGCAACGGCAGAUGCAGAUACUGAGACAGAUACCGAUACCUAUAUACAGAUACAAAAUGUGAAAUAUCAGCUAGAUACAAGAUAGAGACGCCAACCAUCAGACGCUGACUCAACCACAUAUUUUCCCAUCCACUCAUUUCGCUGCCGUUGCCGUUCACGGUGACUUGGUCACAUUUUUUUUUUGGGGGAGGAUUAUAGAAAGACAUGGGGCCACACCAGCCGGUCUGUGACGUAGCUGGGGCUUUCUGGAAAUGCCAUGAGACAAUCACACCAGCUGAUUACUUUAUUGAGCAGUUGGCUUGCGCCUAUCGACUCAUAUUGUUGUGGGAAACAGACACUUUUUAUACAUGUUUGCAGUGAUUGUUUUGUGCCUAACAAAAGUAAUCCCCCUUCUUAUCGGACUGCCGGAUAGUAAAAGCUUUGCUUAGAUUUGAUCAAAAACGUACCCCACUGUUUAUUUAUAAACUCAUACUAAUUUAUUCACAAAUGCUUCAUCAGACGUUAUUCGCUAUCAAAAGUCUAGUAAAAUAUAAGAUAAUAUAAGAAAAAUAAACAAAUAUAUGAAAAAUGAUUAACCCAUUAGUGAGAUAAUAUUAGUAUAAAAUUCAAAUAUUCCAUAUAAUUAAUUCUAAAAAUUAACAUUUAUUUUCUGUUAUCUAAAAGUAUGAAUAUGAAAAUGACAUUUUUCUUUUAAAAUAUAUUAAGAAUAAAAAAAACACGUUUUUUUGUGUUCAAUG